CACACUGUUCUCUGGGGCCACAGCAGAGCUCACAUGCGAUACGCUGCUCCUUCUCUCCACCAACCUCACAGCUCGCACCUUAAUGCUAUGGAAUCAGACAACGAGCUCAAGCAAUGCCACAGGUUUAUUUUGUAAUAUAUCUAUAGAUGGCAUUGGGACAUGUUGGCCCAGGAGCAGCGCGGGGGAGAUAGUAGCACGGCCAUGCCCUGAGACCUUCUUGGGUGUCCGCUACAACACCACCAAUAACGUCUACAGAGAAUGUCUGGCCAAUGGAACUUGGGCGAAGAAGGGAAAUUAUUCUCAGUGUCAGGAGAUUCUCAAUGAAGAGAAAAGGAGCAAGCUGCACUACCACAUUGCAGUGAUUAUAAACUACCUUGGCCACUGCAUCUCUCUCGGAGCUCUUCUGGUUGCCUUCAUUCUCUUUAUGAGGCUAAGGAGCAUCCGAUGCCUUAGGAACAUCAUUCACUGGAAUCUGAUUACAGCUUUUAUCCUGCGCAAUGCAACGUGGUUCGUCGUGCAGCUGACCAUGAACCCAGAGGUGCAUGAGAGCAACGUGAUCUGGUGCAGGCUGGUUACAGCAGCAUAUAAUUACUUUCAUGUGACCAACUUCUUCUGGAUGUUUGGUGAGGGCUGCUAUCUGCACACAGCCAUUGUGCUGACCUACUCCACCGAUAAGCUCAGGAAGUGGAUGUUCAUCUGUAUCGGCUGGUGUAUUCCUUUUCCUAUCAUCGUUGCAUGGGCCAUUGGUAAGCUGUACUACGACAAUGAAAAGUGCUGGUUCGGAAAGCGAGCUGGGGUUUAUACUGACUACAUCUACCAGGGUCCCAUGAUCCUUGUUCUUCUGAUCAACUUUAUUUUCCUUUUCAACAUCGUGAGGAUCCUGAUGACGAAGCUAAGAGCCUCCACCACAUCAGAGACAAUUCAGUAUAGGAAAGCGGUAAAGGCAACUCUGGUCCUGCUGCCUCUCCUCGGCAUCACCUACAUGCUUUUCUUCGUCAACCCCGGAGAGGACGAAAUCUCCCAAAUCGUUUUCAUCUAUUUCAAUUCUUUCCUUGAGUCAUUUCAAGUCCGUUCCGCUGUCCGGAAGCGCUGGCACCGUUGGCAGGACAAGCACUCGAUCAGGGCACGGGUGGCACGGGCCAUGUCCAUUCCCACCUCGCCCACUCGGGUCAGCUUCCACAGCAUCAAGCAGUCAUCCGCUGUCUGAUCUUAACUCAUAUAGAGCACUACAACUUUCCUUUUAGUGCAC